UGUUCACGAAUGCAGUCUCAUUCAGAUACGCCCGCUGCUGGAAUGUAUUCAGCAAGCGAACCAUCACAAGCCGAGACGCGCACUCUCCUCAACCGGUCCCAAGGACGUUACCCAGUCACUCAGAUCUGAAUCAUAGUGAUGACCUUUUCAACUACACUCGAGGCCGCUUCGUUUGCAAUGAGAAAUUCGAGAUGUCCCAACGCAAAGUUCAAUUCAAUGUCAACGAGCUAGCUCGCUGUGCCGCCGAAGCUGUCGGAGCAAAAUCAUGCGUCAACAUUGAGAAGUACCCUGACGGCAUGUACAACAAGGCUAUGCUUCUCACCAUGGAGAAUGGAUCUCAAGUUGUAGCUAAGGUUCCAAAUCCCAAUGCGGGCCUGCCUCAUUUUACCACUGCAAGCGAAGUUGCGACAAUGGAUUUUGUGAAGAACGUUCUCAAAACUCCUGUUCCUAGAGUUUUGGCCUGGAGUUCAAAGGCCCAGGAGAACACCAUUGGUGCAGAAUACAUCAUCAUGGAGAAGGUUUCCGGAAUCGAGCUGGAACGCGUCUGGCCAAGCAUGGAUAUCAAAGACAGGCUCAAGGUUGUCAAAUCUAUUGCUCUUAUGCAAAAAGCAUGGACCUCCAUCUCUUUCCAUCAAUAUGGCAGUCUGUACUUUACGGAAGAUCUGGACGAACCAACAGGAACUGAGCCGCUGUACUUCGAUGCAUACGGCAAAGGUAUUACAGAUAAGAGGUAUCAAGUCGGGCCAUCUAUAGGGCGUGAGUCGAUUGACAAUGGAAGAGCAACUAUCAACUUCGACAGAGGACCAUGUAAGAUUUCUUCUCCAAUAACCCUUUGCGGCCCUGGUACAUAUAUCCCCACGAAAGAAAAGAAGCUCAGGGCUUUGCACUGCUAUCUCAAGUUGAUCAAAUUUCUGUUCCCGACAGAUCAAGCCAUCUCGUCAGCACAUCUAUGGCAUGGCCUUAUAGAUUGGCAAUCUACAGAAAUAUCCCCACUCUACUUCCAAGCUCGCCAGCCCCAAAUUAUCGAUCACGAUGGCCCGCCUGUCCACGGAUUAGAGAGACCACAGCUACCAAAGAAUAUAGAAAAGCUUGAGGCAAACACAAAGCAACAUGCAGAGACUUUGUAUUUACAGCAAUCACUUUGCGCUCUCUAUAACACUCUGACUCACCAUCAAAACCCCCAACUUUACGCUGCGCUUGAGUUUCAGCAGACGACGAGCUAUUUGCUUCUACUCCUAGCACGUAACCUUCUCAUUGAUGGUGAAGCGACCUACCUCUCGCAAGUGGCUGAGUUGGAGGCUACAUGGGACAGUCUUCCUGAAGCUAAAGGCUCAAUUUACCCAUUUACUUUCUCGGCGAAAGAGCGAGAAGAUUUUCAGACUGACGUUGAGGGCGCAGGCCGUGGUAUGGACGCAAUGCGUUCACUUAAAGAGAGCAUCGGUGAACUGUUUCCUGAGCAGGGAAUUGUGAGGCCAGACCAAUAUGAAGAGGCCCUAGAUGCGCUAGCGCAGAUGAAGGAUCAGGUCAUUGAGGAAUUUGCCACUACUGAGCAGGAGAGAGGUUUGGCGGAAGAUGUGGCCUUUUGGAACUUGAAAAGCAUGACACUGGAGAUGGCAAAAAUCUGGUGA